CGGUGAUCGAUAUCACCACCACUGAAUACUGGAACUGUACAAUCAUACCGCCCGCGAUUUUAAUAAUAAUAUUUUCUACAUUCUACAAUCUUUAUCUCGGCGUCUCAUAUAUUUUUCGUUUUAUUUUUUAAUACUACUAAAAUGAGGUACAAAUAAUUGUUGAUCAUAACACGCGUAUUCACCUCCUUAGAUCAUAAUAUUAUUAUAAUAUAGUAAGAUCUGAUCUAAGGUCCAUACACGCGUAACAACCAAAUGAUAAUGAUAAUUAUUUUUGUUUUGUUUUUUUUUUUUUAAUACUAGUCAACAUCUUUCCGCAUUGUAACGUUACCUACUGGAUUUCCGGCACUUUACCACUACAAAUCGUACCCAUUCGUUUUACUUAUCCCAAUAACUUGGAGAAAAUAAUAUCAGGUAGACAUUUUUUGUGUACUUAAUGUUGUUACUUUUGUUUGUCCAUUUGUAUAAUGUAAUUUGUGUAAUAGAUUACUUAGUCAAUUUUGUCAUGUUUGAUAUCUAAAAUGUAAAAUAUUACCUAGCUUUGGCUUCAUAUUUUUUUAUGACUUACUAAUAAAAUUAAUUAAUAAAAUAUUAUUAAUGGUUAUUAAUACAUGAUAAAUCUCUUUGAAAUUAAUUAAUAAAAUAUUAUUAAUGGUUAUUAAUACAUGAUAAAUCUCUUUGAAAUUAAAAAAAUUAAUUAAUAUUGUUAAUUUGUCUGCGUAAAUAUUAUUUGCGAUCUUCAAUAAUAUACUAAUUUCAUUAAUAUUAACUUUAAAUACUUAAUUUAUCAUAGAUUCCCAUGUCCUGUGGCAUAAACAUAUUGAAAUUUAACUAAAAUAUUUGAUUAACAAAAACUUUUAAAAAUAAUUAUUUUUAAUAUCUAUUUAUUAAUUUUCAGAAUGGAAACUGAUUGCACACCGACUACAAAUCAAAAAAAUGAACCAGCACAAAAUCCAAAUUAUAAUUGGAAAGAUAUUACUCCUGAAUUUUUUGAAUCAAUCAAAGGUUAAUAUAAUUAAAUAUAUUUUAUUAGUUAGAUAUUUAAAGUAUUCAAGUGGUAGUAUACAUAAAAUCUUAUAAUAAAAAGAAUUAGAGAAUUGUUGUAAAUAUAAUAUUUUGGCGAUUAUCAAGUUUAGCAUCCAUGCAGUUUUCUAAAAAAUUACCAGGCGAAAGUAUUUUUUUUUUUUGCUAAGAAUAAUGAAGCUAUCAGAAUUGUGCGGUCAAACUUAGUUUUUGGAGUUAUACAUAUCUAUUUUUGAUUUUGAUUUACAUUGAAAUCUAUGUAAAUUGUAAAAAUGAUGUGCGUUAUGUUAAAUACAUAAAUAUUGCACAUUUUAAAUGUUUGUUGUCAUAGCCUAAUGGUGAUAUGUACCUGUUGUCCUGUACCUGUAUAAUAAUUAUUAUUAAAAACAAUUUUUCUUGCAAAAUACCUUUUUUUCUCACUGUUACCUAUUUGAUGUAGUUUAGCAUAACAAAUCGAGAGGUUUCUUUUUUGUUUAAAACAGUCUGAGCGAGCACAUAGAAAAUAUUGUAACUUUAUGUUAUUUUGCUGCAGAAUCAUAAACAAAAUUCGGUUACUUAUCAAAUAUAAUUUAUGAAUUAUUUUUGUUGCAAUAAAUAUAAUUUAUAGUCAAAUAUAUUGCAAAAUGUGUAAAAUUGGUAAAUUUUGAGUUUAUAAAUUAGUUGUAAAAAUGUGCAAAAAACUGUAAUUCGCUCCUUGGAAUUACAAUUGCUAAAAAUUAACACUAGACCACAAUAAUCUAUUCAGAAAAAUGCACUUGUCUAUAUAAUUUUAUUUAUUUCAGAUCUGGAAUUGGGUGAACUUUUACAUGGUUACUUUUUUGGUUUAUUUGAAGCAAUGUCAGCUAUUGAAAUAAUGGAUCCUAAAAUGGACGCUGGCAUGAUGUGUAAUCGUGAAUCAAAUUCAAUAAAAGUAAAAUUAUUGUUUGUAUGACUAUACAAAACAUAAAUAAAGUAUUAUAUUAUUCUACCAAGCAGAAAUUAAAUUAAUUCAAUUGGUCUUUAUUGACAUGAAUAUUUAUUUACAUAAUACCUAAAGAAAAACUAUUAUUUUUUUGAAAAAUAUAAAUUUCAUACCCUUAAAACUAUUUGAAAAAUAACAGAAUUGUAGGAUAUACAUUAUACUUAUAUAUAUUAUUAUUAUAUAUAUUAUUCUUUGGCUGAUUAAUAUUUAAAAUAGACCCGAUGAUUACAAAUUAUGAACUGAUAAUUUUCUUUGAAGAUUUUAAGUGAAUUUAUUUUCCAAUUUUUUUUCUCUCAUUGUAGGAUCCUUUAAGCUUUAUUUUAAUACCAAUUUUCAUUUUUUCCCCUUACUCUAUAUACCUUACAUAAUAUCUUUUGCUUUCCAACCCCUCUUUUUAAACACAGAUUUGAAUAGUGGAUAUUUUUUUAGAAAUUAGGUUAUGCAUAGCAUUAAUAGCAGGUUUACCUUUUAUAAGUUAGAACCCUUUAAAGUUUAGAUUGGAGUAAUAGGGAAAAAUUAUCAAUUUAUCAUUUGAAAAUAAAUGUACUAUUUAUUACCCUUCUUUAUUCCUCUGGUCUAAACUUUAAUCGAUUAUAACUCGUGGUUUUAAAAUUAAUUUUAAAUGAUUCCACAAUAAUUUUUAUAAAUGUGACUGUAUUUUAUGUUCCUUAAUAGUUAAUUAAACUUACAGUUAGAAGAUUUGAAACUAAGUGGCCUGAGUGUAUCUGAACAAAUAUCAAUAAUAGACAUUACAUUAGCUUGUUUGGUAUCCUGGCUUGAAGGACAUUCGUUAGCACAAACUGUAUUCACAAAUUUAUAUUUUCAAAAGCCAUAUGAAAUUAAAGAUAUACCAUUGAAAGCUUUCUGUAUAUGUAUUUAUAAGAUUAUUGAAUCAAUCAGAGAUUUUGCAAACAGGUUGGUAAACAUUUUUUUAGAACUAGUUAUUAUAUUCUUAUUUGAAAAUUAUUUGUUAUGCAAAAUAUCCACCCUAUUAAUUGGACACUAGCCCGUUUAUAUACAUAACAAAAUAAAAAAAAAUAUUAUAUUAUACAGGGCACAAGUUUUUGAAGAAGAAGAUUUUCAAGCUGCACUUUAUAACUAUCAUUUUUUUAAUGAAAUUUCUGAUCAACGUGUUAUUGGAAUGAUGAGAGAGGUUGACGAGUCAAUAAAUCAUAUAUUAAAAUCAAAUUCAAAUUGUGAUGUAAGGAUGAUAGAUAAAUAAUUCAUUUUUGAAAGCCACAAUCAAGUUUUAAAUCAUAAUUUUUUUUUUUUAGGAAGAAUCUUAUCUUGCGUUAAAUACACGCAUAAAGUUUGUUAGACUACUUCUUCAAAUUUUACUUUCUUUCAAUCGACGUGAAAGUCAUUCAAACUUAAUGGGAGAAACUCAGAGGUUGUUAACUACUUGUGGGUUAUUGAUUCCUUCUUUAAUAAAGACUGUGAAUAAAGGAGUUCCCAAUAUUGACCGUAAGGAAUCUUAAAAAUAUUAAAAUUGAAAUUGAUAUUUAAUGAUUUUAUGUUUUUCAGACUGCUAUUAUGAUUUGGGUUUUGAUCCUCUUAUUAAUCAAAAGUUGUUACCACCAACAUUUCCACGAUAUACAAAAAUUAAAACUGCUGCUGAAGCAUAUUUGUAUUUUGAUGCAUUGUUGACAAGACUGAAACAAAUUUGCAAACUUACAAAUUGUGUAUCUUAUAUUAGUGCUUUGGUUUGUUUUAUUGUUAUAAUAUUUUAUUAUAAUAAUAAUUUUAUUUUUUAGUUUAUAUUAAUUUUAUUUUUUUAACUAAUGUCAAACAUUUUAGGAAUGUUUUAUUGAACUUGGACAUAACAGUCACUUAUGUAUUGUAUCAAGAUCUAUAAUGCAAACACUUUAUUUUCCUCAGCCGAACAAAGUGUUUGGCACUCAGGAUUUAGGGGACUGUCUUCGAGAAUGGGCAAAAUCAUUUAUAGCUCCACCAUCACUUAUAUCACGUUUAGGCAUUUUAACUAAUUAUCAAGUAAAAUUGAUUUCAUUUAUUGAUUAAAAUGUAAAAUAAUACAAUUUGAUUUAUUUUUAGGCUAAAGAUUGUGUACACAAUUUUUUUGAACACUGCAUUCGUCCCUUUACCGGAUUAAUUCAAACCUGUGGUUAUAAUAAGGCUAGACAAAGAGAUAAGUUGGCUCAUCUUAUGGAAGAAUUUUCGGCAUUACAAGAUGAAGUACGUAUUAUCAUAAAGAUGAUUUUAAAAUAUUUCAUUAUAUUGUGUACACAAAAAUAUAUUUAUUGUUAAUCAUAAUUUAUAUUAUAUUAAUUUAUAUUAUUAUUAUAUUACUUUUAUGAUCAGUCUCAGAGGAUCGAUGCUUUUUUACACUCAUUCUCUUCUAAACUAGAUCCUCCAAAAGAACAUUUAGCCAGUUUUAGUACAUGGAUUAUUUACCAUACAAUUAGAAUAAUGAUAAUGUACUUACUAUCUGGUUUUGAGUUAGAACUGUAUAGUGCACAUGAGUAUCAGUAUAUUUAUUGGUAAGCAUAAAAUAUUCUGAAAAUGUUCUUUAUUUACUUAGUAAGCAUUUUAAAUUAUUUCAGGUAUUUAUAUCAAUUUCUGUAUGGGUGGUUGGUUUCUACAUUAAAUAGAGCUGAUAAUGUACUGCUUGGUAGUAAUUCUUAUGUUGAUUUUCAAAAGAAUAAAACAAAAAGAAACAAGCCCAAAAAGAAAAAAACUCAUCCAUACAGUCAAGAAAUUGUAAUGUGCCAUGCAAUGCAAAGUUUAACAGGAGCUUACUUUAAGGUAACUAAAUUCAAUAAGAUAAAUAAUCAUUUAAAAAAAAAAUGUCCUAAAAAAAACUCAAGGUGUUACAUUUUACUUCUUUGGUAAGCAACAAUUAUUAUUUUGUAAUAUUAUAUGACACAUGAAAAAAAUGUAAAAAAAACACUAUUAUUGAAUAUUUUUUAAAUUAAAUAAACUAUAAUCAAAUAGAAUUUUUUUUUAUGCAUUUUAUUGUGAUCAUAAUUUAUUUUAAAAUUUAAAAUUUCUUUAUAUACAAAAAAUUGUGUUAAUAGGUUAAAAAAUAACAUGAUUAAAAAGCUAAUACUGGGGACGAGUAUGACACUGGUAUAGGUGAGAAAUUGGGAAGGUAAAAUACAUGCAAUUAUUUAAUUUAUUUCUGUAAGCAACAAUAAACCAUUGCUAAUGAAAAACAAAUCAGAGCGAAGUUCAGUUAUACAGUGUGUUUUGGCCAUAAUAUUUACGAUUUUCUUCGAAAAAUUGAUUUCAUCUCUUAAUAAAAAAAAAAAAAAUACCACAUUACAUUGUAUUUUUUUUCCCCCAACAAGUAAAAGAAUCUUCUGUCAAAUUGUCUACUAUUUCUGGUUGGUCUAACAAUUUUAUUUACUGAGUACUUACCAAAUAAAAAUUAGAUUAAAAACUCGCCAAUUUAAAAUGUUUUUUGAUUUUGCUCAAUUAUUGAAAAAAAAAAAAAACGGAAAAUCAAUAAAUUAUUUUUCUUAAUCACCAACACAUGAUAAAUGCAACAAAAAAGAUCUCUUGUCGUUUUUCUAUUGGUAUACUGCGGGCAAGGAGAGAACACAUUUAGUGAUUGUACAAAAUUUGCAGUACAGAGAACAUUGUAUGCACAAAUUUAUCACAAUGGAAUUGUACGCUGUAAAUUUAUUGGUUUAUCAUUUUUUGUCUUUUUUACGGUUUUCCCAAUUAUUAAUAAAAACAACUUUCUUCAUGAGCAACUAGAUCCAAAAUUCAACAAAAUAAAGUUUUUGUAGUUUUUUUCUUGAAGCAAUAUUUCUAGUAGUAAACAUAGUUUGCAUAUGAAUGAAAUCGGUAACGCCGUGGCAUGCUGUAAAUAUUUGCCGUUUUUCUGAUUUUUCCCAAUUAUGGAAACUCAUUGGAAAAUCAAAAAUAACCUCAUUGUACCAACUGGAUAAAAAAAUAUUUUCAGAAAAGGCGUUACACUAGAGCAAGAUUUUUGGUAGAAAAGUUGUUUAAAGACACACAAAAAAAAAAAUUACAAAAACACAAUAGUAAAAUCAAUAAAUCCCUCAUUACUCUCCAAAUUUAAAAAUCAAUAAAUUAUAUUAAAAAUAAAUAAAUAAAUGUAAAUUAUAAAUAAAAUUGCUUGGACUUUAUAUUGUAGAGGAAAUGUUUUACUUUACAUUAACUAUAAAGAAACUUAACUGUCUCCUUCAUACUUACGAACUAACAACAGUAUAACUAGUAUAAGUGAUUUUCAUAUGCUUGUAACUAAUCUUUUGCUCUUUUUGUAUACAUCUUUAUUAGUUUAAUUUAAUAUUUUAACAUUUUAUUUCUAUUAUUUGUUUGAUAAUGUAAUAAGUAGGACAGAGGACUUGUAUCUCUAAAAAGUCACCAAAUAUAUACGUGAACACUACAUAAAUUAAUUUAUAUAAAAAUUAGAAUAUUCCAAAAUAUGCAAUUUGAUAUUAACAUUUUUUUAAAUAUAUUUUACUUAGGGAGUUAAUAGUUAAAACCUGCAGAUACUUCUUAAAAUUAUUCUAAAAAAAAUAUAAAUAUAUACAAAUAAAAAUAGUUAACCAUUUAAAACCAGAACACUGAAAUGUGAAUAUAUAUUGGUGUAUCGAUCACUAGUCAUGGAGUAGAGGAAAAACCUGUGUCUGCAAACAGUCAACUAACAUUAUAUGAUAAAAAAAAAUAUCUAAAUCCAAUAAUUAUGAUUGUUUUAUUGAAUGAAAUAAAAUUGCUACUGGGGAAAUUAUUGAUACAAUUAUUAAUUAAAUAAAAUAUAUCUCAACAAUUAUAAAAUAGAAAUAAUUUACCCAAAAAACUCAAAAUAUGAAUUCAUACGCAAAAUACAUUUACAAAUCUAGUUUUGUCUUAGCCUAAAACGUAUUUGGUUCUUAUUCUGCUAUUUUUUUAAAUAGUUAAAAUAAAAAUAAAAAUACUACAAGCUAUCUGCCCUAGUAAUAAUUAAUAACUUAUAAGUUUUAACUUCAAAGAAUAUUUUUGUAGUUAUAUCAAUAAUAUUAAUAGUAAGUAUAUUAUUUUAAUAUAUAUAUAUAUAUGUACUUUUUAUAGACAUUCAUAGGAUUCCAACUAGAAGGUAAAAUUCAGACACCAAAACAUGCGAAGUUUGAUAAUGAAAGAGUUCGCUAUCAACACCGAUUUUCUGCAUUUUCUGCAGUAUCUGUACCACCACCAUUUACUUAUAAUGAAUUUCAAAUGACCCGAAACCAAAUACGUGAUAAUGCCUCUGCAGAUCCCGGUAUAUUGUAUUUGAAUGGCUGUGAAUUGUUUCACCAAGCGAGAUGUCUAUUAGAUACUAUUCAACAGCCUCACUCACAACAAGUAACUAUCAGAAAGCUUAUAAUAUUUAUUGUAUUGACUAGUUCAAAACUAAUUAUCGUGCGUUUUGUUUAGGUACAGAAUCUGAUUAAAGUGUGUAAAACAAAUUUUGUGACCAUGAAAUUGUUAGCUAGUGGAUAUAUGAGAGGACCCGGUGUAUCAUUGGAUUUCGACUUCACAACUAACUCUCACUUUCCUAUAUUAAAGCUUAGCUAAUUUUUGAACAAUAUUUUCUAGACUAAUAGAUGUUUAAUUAUUUAAAGACUGUUUGAACCCAAUAUAAUUAAAUACAAAAUUACUAUAAUCAUUAUAAAUUUAUGUGAAUUGUUUUGUGUAUUAAUAAUAUGUUGCAUUGUGUUGUGUUGUAAAAAAA